CUUUGAAACGUAUGCUGAACUUCAAUGUUCCCCCUGUUAAAAACAGCACAGGAGAACCAGUCUGGAAGGUUCUCAUUUAUGACAGAUUUGGCCAAGAUAUAAUCUCACCUUUGUUGUCAGUGAAAGAGCUGAGAGAUAUGGGGAUCACUUUGCACCUGCUUUUGCAUUCAGAUCGGGAUGCUAUUCCAGAUGUUCCAGCUGUUUACUUUGUAAUGCCAACAGAAGAAAAUAUUGACAGAAUGUGCCAGGAUCUUCGAAACCAGCUUUAUGAAUCUUAUUAUUUAAACUUUAUUUCUGCCAUUUCAAGAAGUAAACUGGAAGAUAUUGCAAAUGCUGCCAUAGGUGCUAAUGCAGUAACUCAAGUGGCUAAGGUAUUUGAUCAAUAUCUUAAUUUUAUUACUUUAGAAGAUGACAUGUUCAUAUUGUGUAACCAAAACAAAGAACUUGUUUCAUAUCGUGCCAUUAACCGACCAGAUAUAACGGACACAGAAAUGGAAACUAUAAUGGACACUAUUGUUGAUAGUCUCUUCUGUUUUUUUGUUACACUUGGAGCUAUUCCUAUAAUCAGAUGCUCAAGAGGAACUGCAGCUGAAAUGGUGGCAGUGAAAUUAGAUAAGAAGCUCAGAGAGAAUCUAAGAGAUGCCAGAAACAGUCUUUUUACAGGUGACACACUUGGAGCUGGCCAGUUCAGCUUCCAAAGGCCCCUAUUAGUCCUUGUUGACAGAAACAUAGAUUUAGCAACUCCUCUACAUCAUACUUGGACAUACCAAGCAUUAGUGCAUGACGUUCUGGAUUUUCAUUUGAAUAGAGUUAACUUGGAAGAAUCAACAGGAACAGAAACUUCUCCAGCAGGGGCUAGACCAAAGAAAAAAACCAAGAAGUCCUAUGAUUUAACUGCAUCUGAUAAAUUUUGGCAGAAGCAUAAGGGCAGUCCUUUUCCAGAGGUUGCUGAGUCUGUUCAGCAAGAACUGGAAUCCUACAGAGCCCAAGAAGAUGAAGUCAAAAGACUUAAAAGUAUCAUGGGUAUAGAAGGGGAGGAUGAAGGAGCAAUAAGUAUGCUUUCUGAUAAUACAGCUAAGCUAACUUCAGCUGUCAGCUCUCUUCCAGAACUUCUGGAAAAGAAGAGGCUCAUUGAUCUUCAUACAAAUGUUGCAACAGCCGUUUUGGAGCAUAUAAAG